GUUAGUGAUGCAGCCCAUGGGGGCAUCUGGGCAGAGCAUGCUCAAAAUCUCCCUCUUGUAGCAGCAAAUGUGAUUUUAUAUUGGUCUAGUGAAAGUUAUCUGCCUAUGGCUGGGGGUGGCAUGGAGUGACCUUAAAGGUCCUUUCCAAUUCAAGAAAUUCUGUGAUUUCUAUAAUUCAUACUGUUUAUAAACCACCCCCUCCCCCCAAAAAAACCCCAAAAAAAGGUAAUUGUGCUAAUUGUGGUGUUUUUCCUUGCUGAUGCCAUUGAUUGACCAGGUAAUCUGUGUCUUCAUUAGCUCCAGGCUAAAGUUGAUAUUGAUUCCAAGCACUUAAUAUGCCAAGUGGUAAUUACUGCUUAAGCCUAUAUUGUUUGAGUUAAAUUUAGCUGAGAAUUGAGUCCUAUCAGGCCCCCACAUUGUGUGCUGUGAAGGUUAUCUGGCUCUCAGGAGGGGGUGGAUUUAAAGGCAGGAAAGAAAUGCCGGUGAAAACUUCCUCUUCUCAUCCUCCCGGAGCGCUUUGCUUCCCCGGGCUGCUAAUAAGGAGAACAGAAAUAAGGAAUAAUGUGGUGCUGACUCUCCUAAAUCUGCACUUCUCAGUGCUUUCUGCUCAAGCUGGUCAUUCUGGGGGACUGGAAAUGACACAGAGGCCAGCAAUAAAUCUGAACAAAGUGAUGCCCUGUGCAGGGACCGGCCCCUCUCCUCCUUGGAGUUGGGAGGGGGGGACUGAGGAGCCCCUGCUCAGCUGCUGCUUGCCUGCCCCUAUUAUCCCAGCCACCCUCCUGCAUCUCAGCUGCUGGCCCAUCUGGAGCAGAGAUGAAAGGCUGGCCUUUAAUUCAUGCUUUGUGUGUCCCCCCUCAGUCCCCCGUCACGCCGGGGCUCUGACGAUGCUGACCUCAUUAUUCUGACUGCUGGGCGAUGCCAGGCAGUCACCAGCUCCUCAGGUAGGAGGCUCAGGGUGGCUUUUCCCCCCUCCAAUGUGGAAGGGCUGCUGAAUAAUUCAGGCAGGAGGAGGCAUCUUGGGUCACCUUGUGCAGCGCUGCGUGCCGGAGCCGCCUGCCUAAGAUGGAGGUUGUGCAGGAUUGCAGGAUCUCCGGGAUGCUGGCAGCUCUCUGCACCCACUGACUGCAGGUGAGCGUGGCAGGCUAUGGGAUGGAUGAAGCUGAGCAGGACCAGUAUGAAGCUCGCCUCAAGGAGCUCUUUGACAGCUUUGACAGCACAGGCACGGGGUCCCUGGGGCAGGAGGAGCUCACUGACCUCUGCCACAUGCUGCACCUGGAGGAGGUGGCCCCGGCACUGCAGCAGACCCUGCUCCAAGGAAACCUCCUAGGCAGGGUCCACUUUGAUCAGUUUAAAGAAGCACUUAUCCUCAUCUUAUCCAGAACCCUAUCAAAUGAAGAGCACUUCCAAGAACCAGAUUCCUCCCCAGAAGCACAGCCCAAGUACAUCAAAGGUGGCAAACGCUACGGGCGCCGUUCCCUGCCGGAGUUCCAGGAGUCGGGGCAGGACUUUGCCGAGGUGACGGUGAUCGAGCCGCUGGGCGAGGAGGCACAUCCUGCACACAUUGCUGCUGCCCAGGAGCACUGGAAGACGCGAGGCAGCGAGGAGUACGAGGCCGAGGGACAGCUGCGCUUCUGGAACCCCGACGACCUGAACGCCUCCCCUGGCACCUCACCGAGCCCAGAGUGGAUUGAGGAGAAGCUUCAGGAGGUCUGUGAGCACCUGGGCAUCACCAGGGAUGGCCACCUGAACAGGAAGAAGCUGGUUUCCAUCUGUGAGCAGUAUGGGCUGCACACAGCAGCUGGGGAGAUGCUUGAAGAGGUGCUCCAUAACCUGGAGCAAGAUGGGACCAUGAGCAUAGAGGAUUUCUUCUAUGGGCUGUUCAGAAAUGGGAAAUCUCUCACACCUUCAGCAUCCACUCCGUACCGGCAGCUGAAACGUCACCUCUCCAUGCAGAGCUUCGACGAGAGCGGGCGGCGCACGACCACCCCCUCGGCCAUGCCCAGCACCAUCGGCUUCUCCCUGUUCUCCAGCCUGGAUGAUGGCAUGGGCUAUGGCUGUGUGGAGGGAGUCCUGGACUGCUGGCACCAGGAGGGCAUAGAGAACAGCCAGGAGAUCCUGAAGGCUCUGGACUUCAGCUUGGAUGGGAAGGUGAACCUGACAGAGCUGACGCUGGCACUGGAGAAUGAGCUGCUAAUCACCAAGAAUGGGGUGCACCAGGCAGCCCUGGCCAGCUUCAAAACGGAGAUCAGGCACUUGAUGGAGAGGUUUGACCAAGUGGCCAGGGAGAAGGAGAAGCUGAGGUCGGAUCUGGAGAAAGCAGAGAAGCUGAAAUCCCUGAUGGCCUCAGAAGUGGACGAUCACCACGCUGCCAUCGAGCGCCGCAACGAGUACAACCUCAGGAAGCUGGAUGAGGAGUACAAGGAGCGAAUUGCUGCUCUGAAGAACGAGCUGCGUAGGGAGAGGGAGCAGAUCCUGCAGCAGGCCAACAAACAGAGGCUGGAGCUGGAGCAGGAGAUUGAGAAGCUGAAAACAGAUGAGAAUUACAUCAGGGACCGCCUGGCCCUGGCCCUGAAGGAAAACAGCCGCCUGGAAAACGAGCUGUUGGAAACGGGAGAAAAACUGGCUGAGUAUGAAAGUCUGGCAAGCAAACUGCAGAGGAACUUGGAAAAUGUCCUGGCUGAGAAGUUUGGUGACCUGGAUCCCACCAGUGCAGAGUUUUUCCUGCAGGAGGAGAGGCUGGCCCAGAUGAGGAGCGAGUACGAGCAGCAGUGCAGGGAGCUGCAGGACCAGAUUGAUGAGCUGCACUCAGAGCUGCAGGAGUACCGUGCCCAGGGCAGAGUGCUCAGACCUUCCCUGAAAAAUUCCUUGUCAGAAGAGUUUGACAUCGACAUGAAGAGUCAUGGCAAUGGUGGGAUUGAGCCUGACCAAGGACUUGGUUCAGAAGACUGCAACCCAUUAAAUAUGAGCAUAGAGGCAGAAAUGGCCAUUGAGCAGAUGAAGGAGCAACACCACAGGGAUCUGCAUCACCUCAAACAGGAACUUGAAGACACAGUGAGCCAUUAUGAAAAGCAGCUGGAUGAGACAAAAACCCACUGGGAAAAGGAGCAAGAGGAUAUGAGGCAGAAGUAUGCUGAGGAGAUGAAUGGCAUGGAAAAGCAAAUCACUGGCCUUAAAAAUCAAAUAGCAGAGCUGCAGGGAGAGGCAGCAGAGCUCAGAGAGCAGCAGGAAAAGCUCGACUGUAAAUACAACGAGGAGAAAAACAAAUUACAGAUGCAUUUCGAUGAGGAGAAAGCCAAUCUGCAGGAACUGCUGAGGCAGGAGCAUGAAGAUGAUGUCAGGGCCAGACUGGAGCAGGUGAAUGAGAAGUUCAGGCAAGAAAGGGAGGAGCUGAUCCAGAACAGUGUGUGGGUGGAAGAAAAGAUGCGAGUUCUGGUGCAGACGCUGCAGGAGGAGAAGGGGGAGCUGGAACGGGGCUUCCACGAGCAGGUGAAGAGGCUGGAGGAGGUGCAUGCCCUGGAGAAGGAGGAGCUCCAGGAAAAUCUGCUGAGGAAACACCAGCAGGAGCUGGAGGAGGAAAGGAAAAAAAUGGCAAGUGACUAUAACAGAAGAGCAUCUCAUGCACAAACUCAGUUUUCUGUGGACACACAAACACUUGUGAAUAAAUAUGAAGAAACCCUCCAGAGUCUGGAAGGACGUUACCAGCGAGAGCUGCAGGAACUUGCUGAGCAGCAGAGAGAGGAGAAAUCCCAGUGGGAGUUUGAGAGGGAUGAAAUUGCUCAGGAGGUUGCUGAAGCCCACGAGCAGCUGAAGGAAAGCUUGGCAAGUGAGAAGGCUGUUUGUUCUGCCCUGAGCCAGGAGAAGGAUCUCCUGGAGAAGAAUUUCAAGGAAGAAGUGAACAAGCUGGUGUGUGAGAGGGAGCAGCUGGAGAAGGAGCUGAGAGAGCUAAGGAAUGCUGCCCAGGAGCAGGAGGAAAAGAUGAAUGAGAAAAUAAGCCAGCUCCAAAAUGACCAUGAAAAAGAGCUAAAGGAGAAGGAUGAACAUAUAUCAACAGUGGAGCAAAAUGGGAAACUGGUUAGGGAAAGGCUGGAGAGACUGGACAGUGAGUAUAAGAGAGAGAAAGAAGAGCUCAAUUCCAAACUUCUUGCUUUGGAGACUUUAAACAGAGACAUUUGUGAAAGGGCAGAGACAGAAAAGACUGAGAUGGGUUUGGAAAUCUCAGACCUCCGAGGGAAAAUACAGAAAUUGCAGUGGGAAACACGGAGCUUUUCUGCCCUGCAGAGCCAUUACAGGGUCCUGGAGAGUGAGUAUGCAAAAGCCAAGAGCCAGAUUGCUGCUUUUCCUGCUGCAGCUCCUCUGGGGGAUGAUGGGGAUGUUCUCCAAAACCUGCAGAGGGUACAUGAGCAGGCAGUGAAGGAGAAUGUCAGGAUGGCUGCCCAGAUCCUGAGGCUGCAGCACCGGCUGGAAGCAGCAGAGCAGGAGCUUCUGCCACCUCCCAGUCCCAGCUGCUCCCACUCUGGCUCAGAAGCAGAGGAAAUGGAUCCCAGUUUUGAAGGGCUGCCCAGUGAUUGUCAAGAUGCAGCCAUGGGAGCAGAUUUCAGUGUCCUUCCACCUCUAGAGGCUGAUACUACAGACCUGGAAGAAAUGUCAGAAAUGGAUUGGGAUUUGGAGGAGGGAUGUGUGAAGGCCAGAGCUGGUGGCCCCCCUGAAGCACAGGGGUGUUGGCUCCAGGGAAGUCAAACAGCUCUGGAUGCUGAUGGCAGCCAGGAUUGUGACAAGAACCUUUCUUGGGUGCUGCCAAAAAAGAGAGAUCUGGAGAAAGCUCCCAGGCCAAAAACGCUACAAAACGGUGUCAAACAACAGAAAGUUCCUCUGGUAAAUCACAGAAAAAAUGAAGGGUUUGUUUGUGAUGCUUUGAAGAUGCAGGUGGAGCUGGAGAGGGCUGAAGAACUGAGUGAAGCCUCUCUCCUGCUGGAUCACACUCCUGGGGCAGCAAAUGGUGACCUGAAGAGUGUGAUAGCUCAGCUCUGGAAAAGGAUGGAAGAGCUGCAAGACAGAUCCAUGGCACAGGCUGAACUUCUGUCACUGCAAGAAGAAAUUCAGAUAGAAAAUGAGGAUCUGAAAGCUGAAGUGAUGCAGUUAAUUGAAAAAAAUGAAGUGCUGGAAGACAACCUGCGUAGGCUGAGAAGGCUUCAUGGUGAACAAGAAGAAAAUGAGGUGGAAAGCAUCAAGUUUGAAGAGGAAAACACCAAAUUGCUCAUGGAAGUUAAAGAAUUGGAAGAUGUCAAAGAACUGGAAGAUGUCCAAGACCAUGGAAACUCAGAUGUGCCCAGUGACACGAGAGGUGGGAAGCUGGCAGAACACCCCAGUGCAUUUAUGGGCCAGCAGGACAAGAAUUCCCAACGCGACAGCGCCGGGAAAGAAGCGGGACAAGCAGGAAUGAGGGAGCCCAGCACAGAGGUGAAGCAGAAAGCUCUGGCUCACCCAGAGGCAGAGCAGAGGAAGGCCAGAGUGACCCAGGGCUUGCAGAGCACGUGCACUGAGCUGCAGCAGAAGGUUGACCUGCUGAGGUGUGAGGCCGAGAAGCUCCGCGAGGAAAACGCUGUCCUGAAAAAUGAAGUGACUUUGUUAAAUGAGGAAGGGAGCGCUUCCAGCCUGAAACUGAGGGAGCUGAACGGAUCCAGGGAGGAAAUGUGGCAGAAGAUAGAGGCUGUGAGAAAGGAGAAAGUGGCUGUGCAGAAGCUGGUUGACAACCUGAAAAAGCAGGUGGCAGAUCUGAAGACCAGGAACCAACAGCUGGACUCUGAAAACACAGAACUCAGCCAGAGGAACUCCAAAAACCAAGCAGAUGUGCAGGAUCUCAAUCAACAGCUGGCAAAGGUGCUUGAGCAAAAGGAAAAGGAAGAGGGGAAGUGUACCCUGGAAGAAUGGGAAAAGGAGAGGCUGCUGCUGAAAGAGGAGCUGGAAAACUCCAAACUAGAGUCAUCAAAUAUGGUGUCGUCUUUGGAGAUGGAAGUGUCAAAAAUGAAGGUUCAAGCUCAUCUCCUGGAGCAGGAGAACCACAUCCUCAAGCAGGAGCUGGAGAAGACAAAACAGCUGCCCAGAUGUCCUGAUCUCGCUGACCUUCAAAACGAAGUUUCAAGUUUAGUCACCAAAAAUGAAAAGCUGCAGAAAGAGAAGGAAGCCCUGAGUGAGGAGCUGAACAGAUGUAUUGAUAAGGUAGCUCAAGCCAGCUGCUUGGAGAGUGCAGUCAGCAGCUUGAAGCAGGAGCAGAAAUCCUGGGAGCAGCAGAGUCAGGCACUGAAAGCACAGCUCAGCCUCUCCCAGGACAAGGUUCAGAGCCUCAAUGAAACUCUGCAGAGCACCAACCUCCAGAUGUCCCAGCUGAAAUCUGACCUGCAGGGGACACAGCAGGAGAAGGAAACUCUCAAACAAGAAGUGAUGGCAUUGCACAAACAGCUGCAGAACAGCAGUGAAAAGAACCGGGUUCUGGAAGUGGCUGUGCCUCCCUCAGGGCUGCAGGACCAGCAGGGACUGAUCCACUGGGACCAGCUGGAGCAGCCAGAGCAGGAGCAGAGGCUGCUCAGGCAGGACAACGAGAGGCUGCAGAGGGAAGUGCAGAGCACUAAAACAGACCUGGCUCACUCCAGGGAAAAGAUCCGCCAGCUGGAAUCCACAAUCCUUUCCCUAAAGCACCAAAAGCAUCAAAGCCAGUCAGGGAUUGUCAAAGCCAUAGAGCAGGAGAAGCUGAGCUUGAAGAGGGAGUGUGAGCAGCUUCAGAAGGAGCUGUCAUCUGCAAACAGGAAGAUCAGCCAGAUGAAUUCUCUUGAACGUGAACUGGAAACCAGCUCAGAAAAUGAAGGGCUAAGAAAAAAGCAAGUCAAGCUGGAUGAGCAGUUAAUGGAGAUGCUCCAGUCCGGGGGGAUGCGUAGCCAGAGCUCCCAGCAGCAAGGCUGUGCCACGGUGCCCAGGGAACAAUUCCUGCAGCUCCAACAGCAGCUGCUCCAGGCAGAGAGGAGGAGUCAGCACCUCCAGGAAGAGCUCCAGAGCAGACCCUCGGGGACAAACAUGCAGCAGCACCCUGAAAACUUCCAUGCUAAUCCCUCUCCAUCAUCCUUUCAGCAGCCUUGCUACCGGAGCAGCGAGCAGUGCAUGCAGAUUCCUACCGGAGGAUCGGGCACCUCUGACACCUCUGGCUGCUUUUGAUCCCAUUCCUUUUCCAUGAUAAAUACACAAAAACACAGAACUGGCAUAAGCUGAGAAACUUGAGGAUCAAAUUCUAUUUUUUCCCCCUUUUUUUUCCCCUUUCUUGUCCUAAAAAACCAGCAAAAAAAGUCUCCGCAGUGUUAUUUUCUUAUUUAUUUGUCUAGAAGCUAUUUUGUGAAAGCUCAGAAGCUUUUUAAAAUUUGUUACAAAUGGGUUUUAUUUAUGUUAUUUAAAAUGUGCAGUUGUUCAGUAUGGGAAAGAGCCUAUUUUUCUCAAAUGGUCCUAAUUUUAUAUGAGAUUUGAAGAAAAUCUGGGGUAUUUAUACUGCAUUUUUGUAUAAGAUGUACAAACUUUUUAACAGGGAAAGAUGAUUUUUUUUGAUGUAAAUGAAAAAUAAAAUCUUUUUUUUUAAGCAUAAUGUCUCUUGUCUUCAUGGAAAUCAAUAAUUUCCACUUCAAGAAUAAACAAGAUUUAGACAAAAUAUUUAUCUUUGGUAAUUGUUAUAUCAGGACUUCUGGGAAAGAUUUCUGGUGGGGAUGUAGUAGAGUACAGAAACUCAGCUUUUCUUUAGCUGAAAAUUUAAGAAAAUGUGAGAUCUUCUACUGCUGUGGCCAUGAAGUAAAAAGGGGAAAUUAUUGUUUAUUGGGUAAAAUUCCAUAGUUUUUAUUUUGUCUCAAACUACUUGAUGAAAUUAGGAUUUUAAUCCUUUAUUAGUUCAGGAAAACCUCUUUAAGGUGAUUUUUCUAGUUGGAGCCAUGAUCCAUUUCAGCUGUUUUGCUUGUAAAGAUUUUUUUUUCCUAUUUUUAAUGACCUUAAAGCUGCUGCCUGAGCUGACUUCUCCCAUUUAACAUGAAGUAAUGUGAAGUGAGAAUAUUAAAGGCAAAAAAAACAGGGAUCACUGGUAUUGAGACCUCUGUAAUUGUUCUUUUCCUCAUAAAUACUCACUGAAGGCUUCUGCAACCACUGGGAAGUGGAAUAGUGAGUUUUGAAUUCCAAUUAAAUAAUAUUAAUUCAGAAAAAUGUCCUUUCCACCCACACUGCAAAACUGUUUAUGUGAAUCCAAUGUAAGCUUUUUCAUAAAAAUUGAAUUUUCAUAUAACCAUGCACAGAUUUGAGUUUCUGAUGCUACAACAAAUAAAAUGUUGAGUGAGUUUAAAUCACCCCUCCCCAAGGGCAUUAAUUUUGUAGGGUUUUAAAUCAGGAAUUCCUUACCUGAAGCAGAUUUUUAUUUAUCCUCCUCCACAGGUGCCAUGGGUUUGGGUUUGAAGGUGUUUUAUUUGGGGUUGGUGCUUUUUUCUGAGUUUAUCUCCUCAAAUCACUGCCUAGAAUUUGAGUAACAAACUAGAAUUAAAAUAAAGUCUCAAUUUUCCUGCAGUUAGUGUCUAAAGUUCCUAAAUCUUAACAAGUUCUUUUGUAAUUCCUGAUGUUUCUUAUUUAUUUGGGAAAAUUAAGUGUGUGUGUAACAGUCUCAUGACACAGAAUUAUGAUGUUUUAGUUGUCACCUUGCUGAGGAAAAAAAGAAAGUCAGUUUAGGGUUAUGAAAACUAAUCUAAAAAUAUGUGAAAAUGAAAUUUGGAAUCCUAUUUCUUUUGGAUAUUACUCAAUUUCAAGGGAUCUCUGACCUGGGGGAGUUAAAUUGUCAAACAUGACUUUAUGACUUCACUUUAUUUUUAUUCUAAAACGACUAAAUUGGAAUUUUGUUUCCCACAUUCAUGGGAAAUUUGGCAGCAUCAAAGAACAAGAAAAGGAAAUUCUCCAGCUCUGAGUUUAUUAAUUUAGUUGCCUGUAAAUCAAACUGAAGUGUGGAAAGCCAACUAUUUUCUUCAGCAUAAAGUGGUGAAUAGGAACUGAUUUUUAACUGAUUUUUCAAUAAAUGUUGCU